CUUAUGUUGUGCCAGUUUUCAGUAUGAGAGAAUCCAGUACUUUUUCUGGAUUUGUAACGAAAACAUAUAAUAUCACUUGUACUUUAUAAAUAUAGGCACAUAUAGUAGUCAGGAAGUCAGGGAAGAAAUAUAAUAACAAUCAUACUGAUUGCGAGCACACAGACCAAUGACACAGACGAAUAUACAUUAGCUGAGUGAAGUUUCUGGCAAACAUUAGCUAAGUUGCAUUUACUUUUAAUUAUUGAACUUCCUUGAACACAACUGAAGUUGAAAUGGCAGAAGAACAUAUCCAGUCAAAGCUGAAAACACUUCUAAAACAACAGAAGAUUCAACUUUGUAAUCCCCCCUUCACAACGGACUACGAGGCAGGACAGCAGUCUAUGAAGGAACUUGCAAGCACAUAUGCUUCCCUCCUGGGUUUUUCUGUCUCUGAUGUGGAGAGUGCUUUGGUGUCAGUCCGGUCCCAGGCUGUCAAGAGAGGAGCGGGUAAUAACGCCUACAAAGAAACAUGCGUGGCUACACUGGAGCUCAAUCUUCCCAAGGUCUUCAGAAAGGAUACAAAGAGAAAUAAUUACUUGGAGACCAAACUGGAUAUUACCGUAAAAGAAGUGAUGAAUGAGAUAUAUGAAAAAUAUGGACUCAAAUAUAUCAAGUUAAUUUUGAAUGGCAAGAUACUGAACCCAGAUAAAAGACUUGAUGAGCAGAAUGUGAAGCACAAUGACAUGGUGAUGGUCCUGAAGGUGAGUGAGCCGGAGAGAAAACAAUUGAUGAAGGAGGAAGAGGAGAAGAAAAGGUCUCAGAAUGAGAGUGUGAAGAGAACUGAGAAGGGGUUCCAGAUUCUGUCAGAGAGAGAUGGAAGCGAUGACCCAGAAACCACUCCAUUUUUGGAAAUCGCCGACCAGAAAGGCAACCCCCUCAAAAUCCCAUCCAGUGAGAAAAAGGCUCUGAUCUUGGCCAUGGGCUUUCACGAGAAAGGCAGAGCGUUAAUGAAGAGGAAGGAGUACGAUGUGGCACUGUGUCAUUUGCUGGAAGCCAAUGAUCAGUUUGGUAAGUGUGACUCCACGCUGCUCAACACGGUGGAUAAUUAUGCAGUGCUGCAGCUGGACAUCGUGUGGUGCUACCGAGCGCUCGAGGCCCUUUCCUGCCUGGAUGACGGCAAGCAGAGGCUGCAGAAAGCUGAGCAGUGCUUCCUCAAGUGCUACGGAGAGCAGCACGAGAGGCUCCGGCUAAUCAAGGGGAACACUGGAUGCGAAGAAGUGCUUUUCCUGAGACUCUACCUGCUACAGAGUUUGCUGUCAUACCUGGACGGCAAGGAGAAACAAGCAGCUCAGACAUUAACAAAGGCGGAGGAUCUGUACCAUAGGCUCUGCUUGGACCCCGGUAAGAUGACGCAGCUGAUGAGCCUGGGGUACACGGAGCAGGAGGCACGCCUGGGCCUGCGGGCCUGCCAUGGGAACAUGGACGACGCCGUCCUGCACAUCAAUCAGAGGAGAAUGGAAAAGGAGGAGAUGAAACAGAGGGAGAGAGAAAAGAGGAGACGGCGCCUAGAGGCCAUCGACACCCUCGUGCAGCUGGGCUACUCCAAGAAAGACGCUGCCAAAGCGCUCAACCAGACCGACGGAGACAUGGACAGGGCAUUUGUGAUUCUUCUAGAUACCUGCCGGCCCUCCGUGGCCACCAGCAACAACUCUGGGACUGCCGACUCUGACCCCGACAGGGAAGCCAAAAUUCUGCAGAUGGAGCCGUGUGUUGAGACCAGGGGCAACGUCCAGCUAGCCUCCCAGGUGAUACUGAACCAGGGAUCCCUGCCUCCAGAGCUCCUCUCCCCCUCCCCCCCGUCCUCCCUGUCCGAGGAGCCCAGCACCUCCUCAGAGUCCGCAGGCUCCGGGGGGAGCACAGAGGAGGACCCCUUGGAUGUAGACCUGGUGAAAAAAGUUCUGGAAGACAUCCCCAAACACGAGGAAGACUACCUGGACCUCACUCUGGAGGAGGAGAGUGAAGUCAUCUCUCAGAUGAAGUCAUACCGCGAGCUUUAUUAUUAUUAUUAUUAUUCCAGCUAA